ACCUACAUCAACCAGCGCCUACAACAAGAGAAGUCCGGCAUCGACGAGGACGGGGCAGUGAUCCAGCAAUACCGCACCGAAAUCGAGCGCAUGCAGAAGGAAAUAGCCGAACUCACAUCCGCGCCAAAGGUUAUUCAACGUCGUCGUUGUACGGCCUGUGGUCGAGAGCUGCAACUGCCUGUGGUGCACUUCUUGUGCGAACACAGCUUCCAUCAG